AUGAAGAAGCUCUGUCCCAAUCUUACUCGCGAGGAUGGGCUCGAAACGGUGCUGGAGGUUCCCAUUCCAGAGGAGAUUUUCGCCAUCAAAAGUGGAACCAGCAGAGCUUGGCAUAACAUGAAGUCAUGGAUGAAGCCAAACGUUGAAUCUACUAGAUCAUCAUCACUCUUUGGAGACCAAAAUACUGAUAUCCAACUCUUGCUUGGUGUUGUUGGAGCACCGUUGAUCCCUCUCCCCAUCACCUCUCACAACCAACCCAUCACCAUUAAAUCCCAUAACAUUGAGGCUUCGAUGGCGAAAUACAUAGUGAAACAGUACGUGGCAGCUGUGGGGGGAGAGAGUGCUUUGAAUCGGGUGGAAAGCAUGUAUGCGAUGGGGGAGGUGAGAUUAGUGGCAUCAGAGUUUUCAGGAGGGGAAGAAUGUGUGAGUAGGAAGAAGAUGGUGAAGAUGAAGAAGGUGCAGAUGAAAGGGGAAGUGGGAGGGUUUGUUGUGUGGCAGAAGAAGCCAGAACUGUGGUGUUUGGAGCUGGUCGUUUCUGGGUACAAAAUCAGUGCCGGGAGUGACGGGAAAGUGGCAUGGAGGCAAACACCUUGGCACCAUUCUCAUGCCUCUCGAGGCCCACCAAGACCACUUAGGCGUUUACUUCAGGGUCUUGAUCCAAGGUCCACAGCCAAUUUGUUCAACAACUCCAUAUGCAUUGGAGAGAAGACAGUGAAUAAUGAAGAAUGUUUCAUAUUGAAACUUGAAGCCGAUUCCAAUUCACUUCGAACAAGAAGUAGCAGCAACGUAGAGAUUAUUCGCCACACGGUGUGGGGCUACUUCAGCCAAAGAACAGGUGUUUUGAUCCAAUUAGAAGACUCUCACUUGCUCAAACUCAAAACCACAACAAGUGAUGCUAUAUUCUGGGAAACCAAAAUGGAGUCCCUAAUACAAGACUACAAAACUGUGGAUGGCAUUAACAUAGCACAUGCAGGAAAAACAUGGGUGACAUUGUCUAGGUUUGGUGAAGGCCCUGAGAGCCACUCCAAAACUAGAAUAAAAGAAGUUUGGAAGAUUGAAGAAGUGGAUUUUAACAUCAAAGGGUUGUCCAUGGAUUGCUUCCUACCACCUGGUGAUUUGAAGAAAGAGGAAGAAAAAGUGGUACAAGACUGUAGGGCUGCUGCAAGCAAUACAAAGUUACCUUACAAGAUCCAAUCUGCUUCUUUUAAGAUUAGUGUUUCCAAAGUAGCUGCCGUUAAUGUGGAUGAUUCAAGUGCUAGUGAAAGUGAUGAUGAAGACAUGUAA